GCCGGCCCACCAAUCGCUCGCAGGAGUCCAUCCCGAUCGCUCUCUCUCUCUCUCUAACCUCUCGAUCGUCUCCGUCACGCGAGCCGUCUCUUCUUCUCUUCCUGCACCCUCUCUUCCCCCCCUCCCUCAGCUCGUCCGUCAACGCUGCCCUCUUCCUGUGUGUCGCGUUUGUACGUACCCACCGUUUGUCUCUUCCUCUCCCGCCUAUAUCGUUCCUCUUUCCCUCCCUACUAUCUCUUCGCUCCCUCUCUUUGACACUCGGGCUUCUCUUUCUCUCCCGCUGAAAUCGGCUGCAUCGUCGCGUAUCGUCGUCGCUCGCGCGAUUUUACGUGCUCUCCCGAGUGUGCAUUACGGACGACUCCAGGUAUCCAGGAUGCAGGCCAUCAAGUGCGUGGUCGUCGGCGACGGUGCCGUUGGUAAAACAUGCUUGCUGAUAAGCUACACCACCAAUGCGUUUCCUGGGGAGUACAUUCCAACGGUGUUCGACAAUUAUUCUGCAAAUGUAAUGGUAGAUGGGAAGCCGAUCAAUUUGGGUCUGUGGGAUACGGCAGGACAGGAGGAUUAUGAUAGACUGCGGCCACUGUCUUAUCCGCAGACUGAUGUCUUUCUGAUCUGCUUUUCAUUGGUGAACCCGGCGAGCUUCGAAAACGUACGCGCUAAAUGGUAUCCCGAAGUGCGUCACCAUUGUCCUGCGACUCCGAUUAUUUUGGUCGGCACUAAACUGGAUCUGCGCGAAGACAAAGAGACUAUUGAGCGUCUGAAAGAUAAGAAACUAGCUCCUAUCACAUACCCUCAGGGUUUGGCCAUGGCGAAAGAGAUUGGUGCUGUCAAAUAUUUGGAAUGCUCUGCUCUCACACAGAAAGGCUUGAAGACUGUGUUUGACGAAGCGAUACGCGCCGUAUUGUGCCCAGUUCUACAAGUGAAGCCAAAACGCAGAUGUUUCCUUCUAUAAUAUUAAAUGUACCCCUCUUUGCACAUUGGUUGCUGGAAUGUGUUAAAGUGUCUCUCAUCGUCUCAUCUCCAGUGUACCAAGCUCGAAUCGAAUCAAUUGGACAAGUUACCGACAUUUGGAACCCCAGUUGUACCAGCCUAUGCCAGGAUCAACAGGCUGUAAACAAACAUCUGCCAGCAUAAGCGCACAAAUAUUAGUUCGGUACAAAAUUUCCAGCGAGCAAGACAAAAGAGGGUUUCACGCAGAAAAUCAUAAAUUCGGAAUAUUAUAAAUUCAGUCUUAUAUGUGGCCUCCAACAUCCUACAAGAAAUUAUUCGAGGAAUUUUUGUGCUGUCUUGCACGAAUAAAGCUUCCAGUCUAGACAGUCUGAUAAUAGGGCUAUAAAUGCAAAUCGACUGGAUGUUCUAAGCGAAAGGAGUGUAAAAGAAGCCAAAAUAACUGAAUUAACUGCUGUACAGUAUACUAGAGUAUGUUAUUAAUAUUAUAAUUAAUAAUUAUGUAUGAAUGGUAACAGAAGCAAAUAUUACCAUAUAAUUGUAUAAGCGUCCAAACAUUGACUGUAUACUGAUCAGUUUAAUCAAAGAGGAAAACCAUUUUAUGCUAUUUGCCAUUGUACAUUUUAGGUAGGACAUAUAUAAUUAACACAUAAAAAAAAGAAAACGGUAAGUUUUUCCUUAUCGCGAAAGAUUACAAUAUGCGCAUCAUGAUAUAAAUUUGGAGAAAAAGAGAAAAUAUUUUUUAGAUAUAUGCAUAGAGUACAUGGCAAAUCUGUUUGGACGAUAUUCAUCUAGAUGUUCAUUAUAAAUGUGAAUAACAGUAAUUCCAAACAUACACACACACUCACACAUACACAUCCAAGUACUUAGAGCAACCAUAGUGAUUUUUCUUUUUAUUCAAAUAUUCACUAACAAUAUGUUAAAAGCUUCAAAGCUUUGACAAGAUUGCUUUUGCAAAGAAAGUUAGCUUUUGAAAAUCUCACAUCCACCGGUAAUUUUGUUCGUUUAAAAUCUCAAAUUUAUUUAAAAAUUUGUAUAUAAAAUAUAAUUGGAGACAUUAAUCAAAUGUCAUUCAAUGUUAAGUGUACGUGUCCCAUAUUUAAAUUCUGUUCGUACGUAAUUAUUUAAUAAUGUUCGAGUUGAUGUGAGUUUCAUGAUGAUUAAAAAAGCGAUAAUUAACCGAUAGAUAAUUUAAAAAAAAACCUGAUAGCUACACAUUUUCUAAGAAAAAUCAGUAGCGCAGCAGCUGCAUAACAUGGCUUCCUUCUUCCACUAAAUUGGUUACAUAAAUAUAACAAUUACCGUAAACGUUACAUACCAUAAUUAAGAGAUAGCUAACUAUUGUACAAGAGUUCUUUAGAUGUAUGUGAUAUAAGUAUAAAAAUAUUAUCAAGUUUACAGAUUUCUCUGCUUCGUUCGCGAAUAUUUCUUACAUUGACAUGACCUGUGAUGAUUAAUUACGCGUGAUAUGCGAUAGUAUGCGUUUUUUUCUGACAGGAACUGUCAUGUUAUCGAACGGAAUUAAAAUUAAAACGAGUUUUGCCGCGCAUCUCAAUUUAGAAAACAAAAUACGACUACUGAAGCAGAGGAUUGUGUGAAUGUUUGUGCAUGUGUGAGAGAAUGUUAUCAGUGUGGAGGAGAGAAAGAAUAUAAAAAAAAAAAAAAUGCGAGUGUAUAUGUAACAAGAGAGAAUAUGCUAUAGUGUAACAACUGUAUAUAAAUGCUAAACUUCAAAUGUAUUCCCACUCUUAUUACCACGCAUAAUAUAUACGAUUUUAUACAUAAUGUAUAUGCGUAUAAAUGUGUGAUAAUACGAGUCAUAUACAUAUAAAUAUAUAUAUAAAUAUAUAUAAAAAUCGCGCUGAUCGAAUCUAAAUCGAACGUUACUUGUUUUUUAUAUAUAUAUUAUAAAUAUAUAUAAAAAAGGCGGCGCGGGGGGAAAAGAGGGGAGCUGGACCAAGACCUAACUACUCUCAUUCAUCGCAGACUCAUUUAUUAAUCUCUGUGCAAUCUGUUUGAGAAAGAAAAAAAGAGAGAGAGAGAGAUUUGGUCCACAGAAAAGAAUCAUAAAACUACUGUAAUGAAAUAUGCUUUAUAUUAAAAAUGGGUGUUUAUUAAAUAUUUUAUUAAUUUCUUUUCUCGAGAAAUAUAAUCUUCGGUACAAUAUAUACUUGUAAUACUAUUAUUAUUACGCGGCGCUGUCGAAAAACGUGUUAAUCAACGCCGAUAUCUGAUCAGGCGUGUACUUUAUAUACUUGGCCGGAUUCUUCGAGAAUGACGUACCACGAUACUUGUUAUGGAACGCGGUAUAUAUUGGAACGAUCGCCUCGUGCAGUUCCUUCCUUAACUCCUCGCGCAAACAUCUGUCAGGUACCGAGUAAGAACGCUGACACUUGGCUACUUCCUCAAGCUCUCUCGUGAAACCCAAGAAUUUUUCCUUCAACAUUUUGGCGGCAAGAUCUGCAAAGGAAAAAACGCAACACACGAGAAUUAAUGUGAUUAACGAUAGUCUAGAUCCGCUAAUUGUUAAACACUUCGAUCAUUGUUUCAGAAAGUAGAUAAAUACUAAUAAUACACGACAUAUGAACAUGA